CUGGGGACCUUGAAGCAAACCGGCGAGCUUACCACAGCCGCAAAUGUGGACUUGUUUGCCCAACCUUGCAAAGCUCAAAUCUCAUGUUGUUUAUUUUUAGAUUUCGACGAACUCACCAUACGACUGGAUACUCGUCUGCCGACCAAGUAAACUGCACGCAUGAUGGCCUGGAUCACUAAUAUGGUCGUAGGGCUGGGCAAUGGAUAUGCCAAGGUUGAAAUGGGGUGCCACGUGGAUGGGCACCUUGUUAUUCAGAAUCGCUCCAUAUUCGUAUGGUGUUGUGCUGACAAGACCGUUAUGCCCUGGUCAUGAAGAGGACCCAUGGUUAAUGCACCGUUUUGCAUCCUGGCUAGCAUUGAGUUCUCGAAGGAUUCAAUAUCCUGGGGGGCCCAGAGGCACUGAAUAGGUAUAGUUAGGUACGCGCAGAUGAGGGCCGGUUGAUUCUGCUAUUACUACGGCUCUGGCGGACUCUUUCGCUCUUCUAGUCAAUAACCCUGGGAGUAUGAGCAGAACAACACGGUGUUCUCGUUCCGAGACAAUGUCG